UCUCUUAACAGGUGCUUUUGUGAAAAUGGCUCCAUCAAUAAGUAAACUGACAAAAAGAGCAAGAAAAGUUCUUUCAAUUAAAGAGAAAAUAGAACUGAUUAACGAAUAUCGCAAGAACCCAUCCGUUCAUUUUUUAUCUGAAAAAUAUGGUGUUGGCAAACAAACUGUACGAGACUUAAUAAAAAACAAAGAAAAAAUUUUGAAAUAUGAAUCGGAAAGUGAUUCAAUUCACGGUUUAAAAAAUAGACAUACUCUGAAAAAAUCCGAAAAUCCAAAGGUUGAUUUUGCAACAUAUGAAUGGUUUCGACAAGAAAGAUUUAAGGGAUGUCCCAUUACAGGCGAAAUGAUUACUGAGAAGGCAAAAUAUUUUCAUGGUAAAUUAAACAUAAAUUCCGAGUGUAAGUAUUCAUCUGGUUGGCUGGAAAAAUUCAAAAAUCGGCAUGGAAUUCGUAGGCUGAAAUCCACAGGAGAAAAGGAGUGUGCUGAUUAUGUGUCUGCAACGAUGUUUGUGGAAGACUUAAACGAAUACAUUAAAAAUGAACAACUUACAACUGAACAAAUUUAUAAUGCAGACUAA